AUAAAAUAAAAAAAUCUUUAAUCUUUUAAUCUUGUAACCAUGACAAGGUUUCCCUCGACGAAUAAUCAAAUUAUUCAAUGACACGUAGUUUUAGUUGAUUUUUGUUCUAAAUGUACUCUUUGUGUGUUCUAAAAUGGAAGCAUUAUUGAGUUAUUUUUUUGAAAAGUUCUCAGAAUCAGAGCGUAACAGUCUCCACGCCAGAUACAAGAGACAGGUGAUGGUGGAAUAUUUUAAUACGCUCAUAGAAGGUUGUCGAUUAGGUGAAAAUGUAUCAUCGGAGAAAGUUGUUAGAGAAGCGAUACGAGAAAUACUUCGUUUCCACGAAAAAGCACGUAGAGAGAACGGCAACGUGUGUUUAAUGGGAAAGUACCACGACAUCUUGUAUAUCGCCAUUAAAUUAUGUUACGAUUGGGAAUUAAAAGACACCCAAAUGGUUGCGACGUUAUUAGACGCGAUUUUUAGUUGCGAACAUACGUUUGAACGAAUUUUUAUCGGGGCUUUAUUUGGAACCAGGGCCCCCUUUUAUAUCGCCGGCUGGAAAAGCGAUUUUCGCGAUCAAGAAGAAAAUUUAAGAGCCGUCGUUUAUUAUUUGGAUCACGCCACGAACGCUUCGUUAGAAUACGAAUAUUUAAUCGAAAAAUUAAGGUUUAUCGAUGUCCCAAUUGAGAGUUGCGGGAAGAUGACACCUUUAAAAAUUUCGAUACAACUAGGGUUACCGGAUAAGAUGUUAAUUUUACUUCGAUACGGUGCCACGAUUAAUAAAAACGAUGAUGAUGAUGUUUUGAUGUGGUUAAUUAAUAAAUUAAGUGAAUUUAAAGGGAAGUACCCUUAUAAUUUCGUUGCUUGCUUACAAAUUUUAUUACGAGUUUUACCGAGGAGUUUCGAAAAAGAUGAUUUAAUUGAGGAUUACUCCGAAUUAAUUACUCAUGGGGUUGUUCCCCCUACGAGGUGUGGAUUGAUUCCGGCGGAAUUAAAACAUUUGUGUCGAUGUGUGAUUAGAAAAAGAUUGUGGGAGAAUUACGAGCUUCCUGGAGGGAUUCGAAAACUUCCUAUUCCUAAGAUUUUGUUUAGAUACUUGGAUAUUAUGGAGGAUUAAAAAUUAAU